AUACAUUGGUAUUUUACUGCUUAGACGUUUUAGCUAUUAUAGACUUAAACAGUGAUAUGACAUCAGGGACAAUGGUCCUGUACCACAGUCCUGCUUUUGUGACUGUGAGGAGGCCAAAACAAACAGGAUGUUGUGAGACAUUAUAGAGAAAAAGAAAUUGCAAAGAUGACCAAACCACAGAGAUGGUACUGAGAUGCAGACUGCACAAGUUCUCACUUACAAGUUGUGCAUUCUGAUAUACUUUGUAUUAAUAAAGAAUCACAUUUUCAUCAGCAACAGACAGCUGUUCAUUGAUCAGUUCUCAGUAGUAAGAUUUUAUUUUAAUAAACUGCUUAAACAUGCAUCUAUUUAAGUCUUUCUUUCUUUCUUUCUUUCUUUCUUUCUUUCUUUCAUUACAAACACUAGAGGAAAUGAGUGGUAAUAGUUUUAACUGUGGAACUUCUUGUUUCUCAGUAAAGUGGUAUUAGUUCUGUAAAAGAAGCUUCAUGUUGCUUUUGUAGUCGUUCAUCGCUCAGGUCCAAGAUCUCCAUCAAGUACAGAGAGAGGAUUGUUCUCUAGACAAAAUGAGAAUUCAGGUCAUUUUUGGAGUCCUGUUGAUUUACACCCACGUUGCCAUGGGUUCACUGUUCCAGGAUCAUGUUGUCUGUAGAUUUAAUCAGUGGAAUCCGUGUUAUGUAGCUUUAGGACAACGACUGCAACUGCAAAUGCCACUGGAGGAUGGGUUUGACCUAAUGUCCACUAGGUUAAUUUUAAGAUAUAGAAAAAUCCAAGGUUCCCCACCAACACCACGUGACUCAAGAUGGCAGUUUGUUAAUGACAAUAAAACUAUGAUACUAACCAGUGCAGAGAGGAACGACUCUGGAACAUACACAUUAGUCACCUUUGAUGUAGACGGGAGAAUUAAAGGCAGUUAUAAUCUCCGGGUGAACAUUGAAGGUUCACAGUUUCAGGAUCAUGUUGUCUGUAGAUUUAAUCAGAUGAAUCCAUGUUAUGUAGCUGUGGGACAACGACUGCACCUGCAAAUGUCCCUGGAGGAUGGGUUUGACCUACAGGCCACUACUUUAAUUUUAAGAUAUAGAAAAACCCAAAGCUCCCCACCAACACCACUUCUCCCAAGAUGGCAGUUUGUUGAUGAUAAUAAAACUAUGAUACUAACCAGUGCAGAGAGGAGCGACUCUGGAACAUACACAUUAGUCACCUUUGAUGUAGACGGGAGAAGUAAAGGCAGUUAUACUCUCCAGGUGAACAUUGAGGUGAACAUUGAAGGUUUCAUGGUGUUUGUGUCUGUGUGGCUCUUGGAAAUCAUCAUCCUGAUAUCUCUGAUUGUAGCAUUUUACAUCUACACCAACAUCCACAGGAAACAGAGGAUAACUAAAAAUCAAGAAAGUAUUUAAACCUGGAUAAGAAGAAGUAGAUGGUUGGUUGCUCUCCUCCAUGUCAGCAGCUCAUCCCUCCUGAACCACCAGAAACAUAUAACCAUCAACAAAAAAAUGAACAGAGAAAAGAAAUACAUAUCAAUCCAUAUGUUCUUUUCAAAAACUAAACUAGCCUCACGCUUCAUGCAAAUUUCUUGAUGAACCAAGCGCAAAUGUUUAGAGUUAUUUCUCUAAAGCUUUAUGGUUUUAAUAUUUAAAAUACUGCAAUGCUUAAAUGAAGCCAUCAUCAUGCUGUUGAAUAAAUUAUUUUUGUAGAAUUUCUAUAAAUGUAAAUCUUACGUAUUUGUGUGAAAGUCGAAAAAAUGUCUUUCUUUCAAACAAAAAAAAGACAUGAUUCAGUCGGGCGAACACCUCGCAUUUUUUAAAUAGAUUUAAGUAUUAUGACUUUAUAUAUGGUCAGACAAGUGCGUCAUUUUUCUGUAUUAACAUUUUAUGAAAACAGCUGCAUCUGUGGGAAUAAGUGCAUUGCAUUAUUUUUUCUUCAACUUACAGGAUAUAAAGUUUAUUGUAAUCACUCAGUUUUUGUUGUUGUUGAAUACAUGUGUACAAUAUCUCAUGAUUUGAAAGGUAAAACAGUACUUAAAACAGUAGUGGCUAGUACAACUACACAGCAAAUAUCUGACAAAGACUUUAAAUAAUAAAAAAAACAUUAGCCUUUAUAGACAGUGUUUUCUGAGUUAAAAAAACGCUGUAACGUUACUUAUUCAAACAUUGGUUCUUUACUUAGCCUAACUUUGCAUUGCAACCAAGCAGAGAUCUCCAAACUGCAUGCAGCAGUUUAUUACUAUAGAAGCAGGGCAGAGUUAUGAGGUUUGACUGACAGUUUGAGGAGCCAAUGUAGUUCCAAGGUUUAGUCAUAAGCUCUCUUAAAUACUUUUCACUUUUUACAAAAUGUUUGUAAAAACUCAACUUUAGAGGUAAAGGUUCAGGAUAAGGAUGACCGCAUUGAUUUUUAAAAAAUAAAACAAAACAUAAAUGACUAAAUAAACUGUGCAAAGAUACAUACUUUCUGUCUGACAGCAAGAUCAUGUUCCCUUUUUUGUAGUAUUUAAUUUAUUUAUUUUUAUUUUUUGCAUUUAAUAUAGAAUAUAUAUAUGUAGCAUAAGAAAAAGUACCAUAAUGUUGCCAUCAAGCAACAUCUUUUUUCCAGAGACAGCCCUCCUUUUUUUAGCAAGACAAUGCCAAGAUUUAUUCUGCAUGUGUUACAAACGUGUGGCUUUAUAGUGAAAGAGUUCAGGUAUUAGACUGGUCUGCCUGCAGUUCAGACCUCUCUCCUAUUGAAAAUGUGUGGUGCAUUAUGAAGCAAAAUAUAUGACAACAUAGACCUCAGACUGUUUAGUACUUAAGUUUAUUUAGGAUCUCCGCUUAUAUGACUUGCCCAACAAAAAGUGGUACAGCUCCCACAUACUUUGACACACAGGGGUGAGCCUGGUCUCAUUUGAAAGAAGAGAUUCUCUAGUUUCAGAAAUUGAUUCUAGGCCUUACUGGCA